AUGUUCGCCCGACAGGUUUUCCGGCCAGCCCACGUGCUGAAGAACCAUGUCCGCCGCUACGCGACCGAGCCUCCCCAAAGCAGCAACCGCAGUGCCGCGCUCUUCGGCGGUAUCGCCGCCGCCGCGGGUGCAGGCGCCUACUACUACAUGAACAUGGGCGACGUGGCUCCGCGCAACAAGGAGCGCCUAGGCGACCAGUCCGCGGCGCAGGGCUCGCCAUCGUCGCGGAGGGAGGAGGAGAAUAUACCGGCGAAGGCGGAAAAGCCAAUGAUGGCGUUCAAGGGCGGAGACCAGGGGUUCAUCUCGUUGAAGCUGGAGAGCGUGGAGGAUAUUAAUCAUAAUACGAAGAGAUUCCGGUUUAAGCUGCCGGAGGAGGAUAGUGUUUCUGGGUUGCACGUCGCGUCGGCCGUCAUUGCUAAGUACAAGGGCCCUGAGAUGGAAAAGCCUGCAAUUCGGCCAUACACGCCCGUCAGCGACGAAGACACCAAGAACUACAUGGACUUUGUAAUCAAGCGCUACCCCGACGGCCCCAUGUCCGAGCACCUGCACAGCAUGAACCCGGGCCAGCGGCUCGACUUCAAGGGGCCGAUCCCCAAAUACCCUUGGGAACCCAACAAGCACGACCACAUCGCGUUGGUUGCCGGCGGGACGGGUAUCACGCCGAUGUACCAGCUCGCGCGCGCGAUCUUCAAGAACCCCGAGGACAAGACAAAAGUGACGCUCGUCUUCGGCAACAUCGCAGAAGAAGACGUUCUGCUGAAGCGCGAGUGGGACGAGCUCGAGAACACGUAUCCACAGCGCUUCCGCGCGUUCUAUACGCUGGAUAAGCCGCCAGAGGACUGGCAGCAGGGGAAGGGCUUCAUUACCAAAGAGUUACUGAAGACGGUGCUGCCGGAGCCGAAGGAGAAGAACGUCAAGGUUUUCGUGUGCGGGCCGCCGGGUUUGUACAAGGCUGUUAGCGGCACGAAGAAGAGCCCCCAGGACCAGGGAGAGCUGGAGGGACAUCUGAAGGAUCUUGGGUACAGCAAGGACCAGGUGUACAAGUUCUAG